CUGGUGUAUCCCCACGACUUCAGGCUCACCGAGAAGGAGAAAACGAGCAUCUGCUACCUGUCCUUCCCAGACUCCUACUCAGGUGGCCUCGGGGACACCCAGUUCAGCUUCCGGCUGCGCCAGGCCGGGGGCUCCCGCAGCUCCCCGUUCCAGGAUGACGGCCGCUACAACCGGGAGGCCCCGGUGACGCUGCAGCGAGAGGCUGCUCACUAUUUCGGGUACGUGUACUUCCGGCAGGUCAAGGACAGCUCCAUGAGGAGGGGCUACUUCCAGAAGUCCCUGGUGCUCGUGUCCCGCCUUCCCUACGUGAACCUGUUCCAGUGCCUGCUGCAGCUGAUUGCUCCGGAGUACUUCGACAAGCUGGAGCCCUGCCUGGAGGCAGUGUGCAACGAGAUCGACCAGUGGCCACCCCCAGUGCCUGGCCAGACCCUGAACCUGCCCGUGAUGGGAGUUGUCAUCCAGGUGAGGAUCCCAUCCCGGGUGGACAAGCCAGGCUCCAGCCCAGUGAAGCAGUGCAACCAGGAGAAUCUGUUACCAGCCCCCCUGGUUCUCCCCAGUGUUCAUGAGCUGGAUCUGUUCAGGUGCUUCCAGCCAGUGCUGAUCCACAUCCAGAUGCUGUGGGAGCUGAUGCUGCUGGGGGAGCCCAUGGUGGUGAUGGCACCGUCCCCAACCAUGUCCUCAGAGAUGGUCCUGGCCCUCACCAGCUGCCUGGCCCCGCUGCGUUACUGCUGCGAUUUCCGGCCCUACUUCACCAUCCACGACAGCGAGUUCAAGGAAUACACCACGCGCACCCAGGCCCCGCCCAACAUCGUCGUGGGCGUCACCAACCCCUUCUUCAUCAAGACCCUGCAGCACUGGCCGCACAUCCUGCGCGUGGGCGAGCCCCGCAUGUCAGGAGACCUGCCCAAGCAGGUGAAGGUGAAGAAGCUGGCCAAGCUGAAGACCCUGGACACCAAACCAGGAAUCUACACUUCCUAUAAAACAUUCCUUCACAAAGACAAAACCCUGAUCAAAAGGCUGCUGAAGGGCAUCCAGCGGAAGCGCCCCUCGGAGGUGCAGAGCGCUCUGCUGAGGAGGCACCUGCUGGAGCUCACCCAGAGCUUCAUCAUCCCUCUGGAGCAUUACAUGGCCAGCCUGAUGCCUCUGCAGAGGGCCAUCACUCCGUGGAAGAAUCCCCCCCAGAUCCGCCCGUUCUGCCAGGAGGAUUUCAUGAAGAGCCUGGAGCACGCUGGGCCCCAGCUCACCUGUGUGCUCAAGGGGGACUGGCUGGGGCUCUACAGCCCGCAGGGAUCAGAGCUCCCCGGAGUGCCUGGGCAUGGCUGCUGGGAGGAGCUGGCCCCACAUCCUAUUUAUUCUGCUUGGAAACCCAGCCUGAGCUCCAGGGACACAGCGGGGCUGGGGCUCUGCCCGAGGCACCGGGAGAGCUCUGCCAGCCCCCUCCCAAUAAAACCUGGAGAAGCUGAUUGCA